AUGCGAGCUUUAUGGAAUGGAGUGGAGGGGGACGGGCCUCCGGACGAGAUCUACAAGAUAUCCGCCCUCCUCCAAAACGCUUUUCAAAGCAACCCCCACAGCACCUUCACCCCGAAGCUGUGCCCUAGAUGCCGCCCUCCGAUUGGCUCACGCGCUGGCAUGCCGAUGUCGAAACCCCCAGCAAUCCAGCCGACCCUGACAAAUAACACAUAUCGGGAAGGAGACCAGGUUAAGCUUCAGGUCUUUAUCACCGGCGACCCGAGGCCGCGAGUUCAAUGGACAUUCAACGAUCAACCACUCAUCCAAACCCAGCAUGUUCGCGUGGAAAACGACGAAACCGGCUGGUCGCGUUUGUACAUUGAUGGUAUUCGACCCGAGCAUGCUGGUAUUUACACGGUAUUCGCCGAGAACGAUGCUGGUGAAGCCCGCACCGGCGCCUCAAUGCACGUAACACCAGCUGUUACUCAAGAAAAUGAGCGCAUCCAAACGUCGUCUUCGGUCACCAUCCAGCAAUCUGGAAUUCCGCAUAAGGAAGUCACCCGGGUGCUAACAGAAGGCUAUUGGACCGAUGGCCAGCUGACCGGCUCGCCGACGCCGCCUCCGAUUCCGCGUCAUGGCUACCAGGAGACUACCACCUCUACGAUGCGCAUUGAAGAAUUUGGGGAACAAGAUAUGAAUGAAAUCGGCUUUUCAAGCAUCGCCACUGAGCCUGAAUUCAUCCGUCCAUUCCACCGCGAGUACACCGUCAACGAGGGCGAGAAAAUUCGCAUGGAAUGCUUGAUGGUCGGUGCCCCUCGCCCAAAAGUCAACUGGUACCACAAUGAUCGCAACAUCAACCUGAGCCAAGGAUUUGUUGAUUUGUCAAACGUCGGCGACACGUACGCUAUUGUCAUCCAAAAUGCCACGCUCACCCAUGCUGGAUACUACAAGAUGGGAGCUGAAAAUUGUCGUGGCAAGACCGAAAGUCUGACCGUUCUUCAUGUGCGCCCACGGGAAAUGGUCCGCGCGCAUGAAGAAUAUGAACGUCAACAAAAAAUGAUGCAACGCCGUGUUGCCUCGCCACCACAACGCCCGGACAGUCGAGGAACUCAGGAAUUCCGCGAGCGCAUCGAAGAAAGCGUAAACUAUGAGAUCGAAAGCCAGCGAAAAGCGCAGAAACACCCUGAAAGCCGUCUCGUGACUCCACCUCCAGCCAAGCGACUUACCCAGGAGCACCAUCAAAGAACUGAUCGCCGCGAGGAAUACGAGAUUGAACAGCAACGGCGUCAACAAGGACAACCCCCGCAUUUCACACAGACGCUAGUCUCGGCCGUCGCAGCCCAGGGUGAAGAUGCGCGGUUCGAAGGUGUUGUCACUGGAUGGCCGGCCCCGGAAAUCGAAUGGACGAAGGAUGGCGAGGUGAUCAAUCGGCAAACACACCCCGAUAUUGACUUCUCAGCGAUCGGCGGCCGCGUCAGCCUGUCGAUACCGGCUUCCAGCCUUGACCAUGCCGGAAAGUAUAUGUGCACCGCGCGGAAUACGAGCGGAGUAGCCACGUCUUCAGCACAGCUUGUUGUCAGGCCAAAAACGAUUGCCCCUGACUUCAUCCAACGCCUGAUCUCUGAAGAGGUUGUAGAAGGCGAGCAGCUAAAGUGGACCGUUCGCGUCACCGGUGAUCCGGAACCGAAGGUGACGUGGCUGCGUGAUGGUGUCGUGAUUCCGGAUUGUGAGGAAGUGCGCAUCAUCGAGGAAGGCGACGGAAUCCAUACACUCCUGAUCGUGCGGGUUGAAAUGGCUGAUUGCGGCCAAUUCACGUGCCUUGCCGAAAACAUUGCAGGUGAGGCCCGAUCGACUGCUGAUCUCGUCGUCAGGCCCCCAGGUGCCGAUCCCGGAAACUACUUCCACGUGACAAAAGUUACCCAAGAGCGUCAGGUGAAGGGCGAAGAACCGACGAUCAACCAGGCAUUUGCCAUCGAAAACCCUCGGACAACGCCUAGCAAUUUUAUC